CCCAGAGAGCGGAGGCUGCGCAGGGCUCGGCCCUCGCCCCGCCGGGCCCGCCAUGGCGCGGCGGCUGCAGGAUGAGCUGGCCGCCUUCUUCUUCGAGUACGACACCCCCCGCAUGGUGCUCGUGCGCAACAAGAAGGUGGGCAUCAUCUUCCGCCUGAUCCAGCUCGUGGUUCUGGUCUACGUUGUUGGGUGGGUCUUUGUCUAUGAGAAGGGCUACCAGACCUCGAGUGGCCUCAUCAGCAGCGUGUCUGUGAAACUCAAGGGUCUGGCUGUGACGCAGCUCCCGGGCCUGGGCCCCCAGGUCUGGGACGUGGCUGACUACGUCUUCCCAGCCCAGGGCGACAGCUCCUUCGUGGUCAUGACCAAUUUCAUCGUGACCCCCCAUCAGGCCCAAGGCUACUGUGCAGAGCACCCGGAAGGGGGCACGUGCAAGGACGACAGUGGCUGCACUCCAGGGAAGGCGGAAAGGAAGGCCCAGGGCAUCCGCACAGGCAAGUGUGUGGCCUUCAAUAACACCGUGAAGACGUGUGAGAUCUUUGGCUGGUGCCCCGUGGAAGUAGAUGAUAGCAUCCCACGCCCUGCCCUUCUCCGAGAGGCCGAGAACUUCACUCUCUUCAUCAAGAACAGCAUCAGCUUUCCACGCUUCGAGGUCAACAGGCGCAACCUGGUGGACGAGGUGAAUGCCACCUACCUGAAGAGGUGCCUCUACCACAAGGUCUCACACCCGCUGUGCCCUGUCUUCCAUCUCGGCUAUGUGGCGCGGGAAUCGGGACAGAGCUUCAGCACCCUGGCCGAGAAGGGCGGGGUGAUAGGCAUCACCAUCGACUGGAACUGCGACCUGGACUGGCAUGUGCGGCACUGCAAACCCGUCUACGAGUUCCACGGGCUCUAUGAGGAGAAGAACCUGUCUCAAGGCUUCAACUUCAGGUUUGCCAGGUACUUCGUGGAGAAUGGGACCAACCACCGGCAUCUCUUCAAGGUGUUUGGGAUUCGCUUCGACAUCCUCGUGGACGGCAAGGCUGGGAAGUUUGACAUCAUCCCCACAAUGACUACCAUCGGCUCUGGGAUUGGCAUCUUCGGGGUGGCCACGGUGCUCUGUGACCUGCUGCUGCUCCACAUCCUGCCCAAGAGGCACUACUACAAGCAGAAGAAGUUCAAGUAUGCGGAGGACAUGGGGCCAGAGGCGCGGGAGCGGGACCCCGCGGCCACCAGCUCCACCCUGGGCCUGCAGGAGAACAUGAAGACGUCCUGACCUCGGCCCCCACUCCUGACUGGACGCAGCCUGAGGCUUCAGGGGGGCCCUGGUGGGGUCCCAGCCAGGGUAGCGGGGUCUCCCCUGGGGCUCACCUGCCCUCCCAGCCAGAAAGACACCAGUGUGCCGGCAGCUCAGGGUGGACACUGGGAGAGACCUGUGCAACUCUGAGCUCUGGCUCCACCUCUGCACCCCGCCAAGCGCCCCUCACCCAGCCUCAGCCCCAGCCUCUCCGGGCGGAGGAGGUGCGGGUGCUGGUGGCCCUUGCACACUCCUCAGCGGGAGCUUCGUGCUUCUCUCUCGGGGUUCACAUCCCACUCUCUGGCCUGUGCUCUCCCGUACGACACCCACUAGCCACCGUGACUAUUUAAAUUUAAAUUAAUUAAAAUGGAAUAAAAUAAAAAGCAGUUCCUCAGACCAGCCACAUUAUAACCACCAAGGAGGCACGGGGCGGUGGCUGCCGUAUGAGACAGUGCGGACAUUUCAGCACCACAGAGAGUUCUCUGGGACAGCCAGUUCUCACUGGCUCAGAAUUCCGUGGGGAUGGGGAGCUUAUCCACCGUGCAGGCCCCUGGGCCCACCCCAGACCCCCUGCACCAGGAUCUCCAAGGCGAGCAAACUCCCCCGGCCAUUGUAAGGACCUUCGUUUAAAAGGUUCCUGAUCAGGUAUCAGACUUAGCCUGGGCCUGCAUCGCCUGGCAGGUGCCGGUAGUGAGCAGGUGUGUGGUGUGCUCACAAGCCCCACAGUGUGCCGUGCACACGCCUUCAUGUGCACACUCACCUGAAUGCACACCCCCUUCUACCCACACUGUGUAUUUGAAUAGCUUGGGCUUUGCAAACACAACCAUCUGAUCACACCCACACACCUGGUCCAUACCAUGUCACCUCCGUGGGACAUGCUUCUCCCACGUGUGUCAGGCCAGGACAGCCCUUCAGCCAUGAAUCCUUACUCAGCUACCUCUGGCCAGGUGGGAGCCUUGGCCAAGCUCUGGGCUCCCUGCCUGUGGCCCAGCCCCAGCUCCCAAGGCCUGCCCGGCUCUGUCUGAACACAAGGUCUGGGGAAAGCGAGGGGUGAGUACAAUAAAAGGAAUGAGGACAAA